AAAAAAUAGAAUUUAACAUUUCGGCCAUGGCCACGUCUUGCUCUGUUCUGUGCGACAAAGAACAGGCCAGCGCUGAGGCGAACUGCAGCGGAUUCACAAUGAGAAUUUAUUCAAGGGAUACUGUGUGGCUGAAUAUGUUAACUACACAAGAUGGACGGAGACAGCUCAACCACCGACGCCUCCCAGCUGGGCAUCACCGGAGAGUACAUGCCUUCCAGUCACUAUGUUCUCCAGUCUCAAGAUGAUGAUGGAGAGGAGAAUCUAAACGACCAUGAAGAUGGUGGCAUCAAGGAGAACUACAGGGAGCAGGACAUUUAUCUUCCUAUUGCCAACGUGGCUCGCAUCAUGAAGAACGCUGUUCCUCAGACUGGAAAGAUUGCAAAAGAUGCCAAAGAGUGUGUGCAGGAGUGCGUGAGCGAGUUCAUCAGCUUCAUCACGUCUGAGGCGAGCGAACGCUGCCACCAGGAGAAGAGGAAGACCAUCAACGGGGAGGACAUCCUGUUCGCCAUGUCCACUCUGGGCUUCGACAUGUAUGUGGAUCCACUGAAGCUCUACCUGCAGAAGUUCAGAGAGGCGAUGAAGGGGGAGAAGGGGAUGCCCGGGGUGGCGGUGGGUGAGAGUCUGGGUGAGGAGCUCACAGACGACAGCUUCACAAAUCCACUGCCGGCUGGGAUUAUCACAGCAGAUGGUCAGCAGCAGAACGUCAUGGUGUACACCACCACCUCAUAUCAACAGAUUCCCACUGUACAGCAGAUCCAGUUCUCAUGACGAGGCCCUACUUUGGGCCCAAACACAGCGGCUCCACACGGGGCCCUCACUAGCCGGAUGACCUCUGACCCCGCCACGGGGUGAAGGUCAUUAGACGGACAGGAAGGAGGGGCAUCUGCAGAAACCCUCAUGUACAGAGAAAUCACUACCUGUUCAGUAGAAAGUAUAGUUUCUAGUUGUGAGGUACCAAAUGUUUUGGAGAGCUUCCAAAGCAGCUGGGUAAUUCAAAGCUUUAUUUUAAAGGCUAGUCUUCUUACAGUACCUGAUUUAGUGGUGGAAAUCUGUUUGUGCGUGUGUUAAUGUGUUUGCUUUUAUGCAUUUUUUUUUUCUUUUAGGGUGUGGGUUGGGUAGAGGAGGAGUAAGGGGAAGUGUUGCAUCGAAUGCUUAUUUUUGAACACCUUCUCUGUUUAAAUUAAGAGAAGCCACGUUGUUACUGUCAUGUUAGAUCAUGCAGCUCUUUUGUAAGUUCACACAGUUUACCAUGUGCUAUAACGUUAUGGAAAUCCUUUGAAUAAAAAUUCAAACGUGA